AUGCGGACGGGCAUCAGCAAGCGCCAGCAGCAGCGCAAUGAGAAGGCCCUCGCGGAACUGCUCCGCGUGGUCCCUGGCAAUGACCGUUGUGCCGACUGCGGUGCUGCGACCCCAGGAUGGGCGAGCUGGAACAUGGGCAUCUUCCUCUGCAUGCGCUGCGCCGCGCUGCACCGCAAGCUGGGCACGCACAUCUCCAAGGUCAAGUCGCUGACUAUGGAUACGUGGACGUCGGAGCAAGUCGACAAUAUGAAAUCCAACGGCAAUAUACUCGCGAACAAGAUCUAUAACCCGAGGAACGUUAAGCCAUCUAUUCCAGCAGACGUUGACGAGGCCGACGCGUGCAUGGAACGGUUCAUCCGACAGAAAUACCAGCAUCGAACAUUGGCGAACGGAAAGCCUAGACCUCCGAGCCGUGAAGGUGCGAGUUUCGUCAAGCCGCUCCCGGAUCCAAUGGACGAUCCUCCAUCUCCCGAAGGCUCGCCUCCUCCGUUACCACCGAAGACCGGCAAGUUUUUUGGCUUUGGUCUGCGCUCGGCAUCCUCGACCUCCAAUCUGCGUCGCAAGAAGGGCAAGUCAGACAUUGACUACAACCCACCCGCGUUCCCCCAAAGACCAACGCAGGGCCUUGGGGCGCCUGUCGCCGAUGUGACCACUGCGUCGUUCGAGUCCAAAAUGGCCACUCUGCGCGAGAUGGGGUUCAACAAUGAUAAGCGGAAUGAAACGGUUCUUCGAGGGCUCAAUGAGGACUUGGACCGGGCGGUUGAGACUCUGGUGAGACUGGGCGAGGGAAGUAAUCCGGCGUCAGGUGCAAGGACUCCGGCUUCGAUCACAAACACUGCAUCCACUGCAUCUGCACGUCCGGUGCCUCCUCCCAAGUUGGACACAUCCACCAACCCCUUCGAACGGGCAGGGGCGAGCCAAACCCAGAGCCAGCCUCCAAGCCAGCCCCAGUCGGCGUCGUACAACCCAUUCGAUCGGCCAACUCCGCAGCCCCAAUCUGCGCAGCCGUUGGAGUCAUCUUUCCAGAAUCUGCAGGUGUCCCGGCCGUUGUUCCCGCACUCGACUGGUGGAUAUCCGAACAACAGCGGAUCCAUGCCGCAGGCUAUGUACCAGCAGCCUUUCACUCCUCCGGUGACCUCGACAUUCUCUCAUCAGAAUCCCUACGCCUCCUCUCCGCAGCCAGUGGAUAACUCCUUCAACCCUUUCUUCCAAACAGCGCCCCAGCCGCAAGCUAGCACGUCCAACCAGCCCUAUCCGAGUCCCUUGUCACAGCAGACCAACCCGUUCUUCAAUGCUGCCCCGCAAAACUCUUCGAUCCAGCAGUCGCAGUCGCAGCCACAGUCGCAGCCUCAAUCGGCUACGUCAACAUCAGUGCCUACUCUCCCAUUUCCCCCGCCUCGUCACGCAAACACGAUGCCAGUGAUGUCUUCGACCUCACCAUUCGGCACUUCGCCUUUUGGACCGGGGCCCUCAUCCCAAUCUCAGCCGCAGCAGCAACAACAACAAGCACAGAGUAUUGCCCAGGGUUCCUACAAUCCCUUCCAAUCGGCAACAGCACCAGCUACCCCACAGAGCGCUGGUUCCUACCCAAACCAAUUCCCACCCCAGUUCCAAUCACAAUUCCAACCCCAGCAGCCACAGCAACUGGUCCCGCAAGGCACCGGCCGCAUGGACAAAAACAGCAUUUUGUCUCUAUACAACCUCGCCCCCUCCCAAUUGAACAUCCCUCCUAUUCCCGAACAACCCCCGACUCAACAGCAGCCCGCGAAUGGCUUGAAUGGCAGCAGCCCCGUGCCACCACUGACAAACUCCCUCAAUUCCACCCCGCAAACUCAGCCCGGCUCAUUUAUGCCCUCCCCUCAACCAACCAGCGGGUCCUUCAUGGCAUCGCGUAACCCCUUUAACGGAGCGACCAACGGAGCCGCGCCCGCAGGGUCCGGUCUCGCCGCACAAGCAGGCGUCAGUCCUUUCCCUCAAUCCUCGGGUCUCGGUAUCGGCAUGGCAGCCGGCACGGGCGCACCAGGUACUGCCCCGCCAAUGGGAAUGGGAAUGGGAAUGAAUCCUCCCCCCUCUGCUGCUGGCGGCCCACCGGGGAACCCGGCAUUCCCUCGAAUCCACAUGACCAAGCCGAGUGUGGACAUCAACGGGUUGCAGAACGGUCGGCAUAGCCCGGACGCUUUUGCUAGUCUCAGUGCACGAUACGGCUGA